GAGGAGAGACGGAGAGAGAGAGAGAGAGGAAAGGCAGCGUCGGAGAGAGAAGCAGACGAGCAGGAAUGGGGACGGAGGAGGAGAAGCGGCAGGCCGGCGCGGGCCCGGCGGCGGGGGACAAGAGCAAGGCGGCCGGGGGCGGCCCGGAGGGGAAGGGCGGCGGGGGCGGCGAGGCCGGCAGGCCGAGGCCGGGCCGGCGAACCUUCUGCAGCUGCCGCUUCCCGCUGCUGGUGGCCAUACUGCAGCUGCUCCUGGGCGUCGCCAUCACGGCGCUGGCCUUCGUCAUGACCAGCAUCAGCCCCUCCCUGCUGGCCAGGGAGACCCCACACUGGGCCGGGAUCAUCGUCUGCCUGGUGUCCCUGCUGGGGUUUGCCCUCUACUGCAUCACGUACCUUCCGGACGAGAAGACGUCGCUGCAGUUCGUUGCCAAGCUCCUGUACUUCCUGCUCUGCACCCUGGCCCUGGUCCUGUCCCUCCUGGCGCUGGCCUUCGCCGGGCACCACUACGCCCAGGUGAACGGCUUCACCUGCAGCCAGGAAGGGAGUGACUGCCGGUGCGUGCUGGAGCCCGAGGACCCCAUCGCCCGCUCCUUCCUGUACGCCGACGCGGGGGACUGCUCCUCCUUCACCAGCACCCUCAAGCUGUGCUUCAUCCUCCAGAUAGUGCUCAACCUGGCCCAGGCCCUGGUCUGCCUGGCGGCCGCCUUCGUCAUGUGGAAGCACAGGUACCAGGUGUUCUUCGCCGGCCUCCAGGUGGACUCGCUCUCCGUCGGCCAGUGGCAGAAGGUCUAGGUCUGGGGGGGGGGGGGGGGCGGGCUAUGGAGGGAAGCCCCUCCCCUUCCGGCCACCCAGCCAACCGUCGCAAGGAUGCGCGGUUCGCAUGCCCCUCCCGAGCACUGUGUGCGUUUGUGCGUGCCUUCCUUUUUCCCGGAGACGUGUUUUUCGGUGCGUUUGUUUUUCAAAUUUUUCUAUACCGACUCUUUUCGUUUAUGUUUUUCGCAUUUGCUUGAAGAUACCUCGCCGAUGCGUGUGCUAAAGCAGAUAUUCUUUCCAAAGACAAAACACAUUAAGGCAGUUAUGUAUCAAAAUUGAGCUCCAAUGCUCGGCGGGGAGAUGUGACAGAGGACGAAGGAGCGAAUUGCUUAGUCACACAGACAGGAAGGACAGCAGGACUCUCGGACGUGUAGACCUAUACGGGCAAGCCCAGCAGGGCAUCUUUAACAUACCCAUUUCAAAUCAUUUACCCGUAUUUUUAACAAACGUGUGAUUUAACAUACCCAUUUCUGAGCAUUUACCCGUCUUUUUAACAAACGUGUGAUUUAACAUACCCAUUUCUGAGCAUUUACCUGUCUUUUUAACAAACGUGUGAUUUAACAUACCCAUUUCUGAGCAUUUACCCGUCUUUUUAACAAACGUGUGAUUUAACAUACCCAUUUCUGAGCAUUUACCCGUCUUUUUAACAAACGUGUGAUUUAACACCCAUUUCAGAUCAUUUACCCAUCUUUUUAACAAACGUGUGAUUUAACAUACCCAUUUCAGAUCAUUUACCCGUCUUUUUAACAAACGUGUGAUUUAACAUACCCAUUUCAGAUCAUUUACCCGUCUUUUUAACAAACGUGUGAUACACAGCACUUUCUCUGAGAACCGAGCCUCUCUAGGGCCCGGGAAAAUGCACAUCUCAUCGUGGAUCACCCUUUCACCUGGUUUGAUAGCACUUUGCUUGUAGAUACAACCCUCACUGGAAUGGAAUGUAGUGCAAUAUAUGGUGCAUAAAGGUAUGUGGAAUCCCAUGUAAAAAAAAUAGUACACUAAGCAUACUUCAUUUGAACAUUCAUUAUACUUCAAGUAUUGUUUAGUAUAAACUAGUAUACUGCAGGAUACUACUUUUUCCACAUGGGAUUGUUGAAAAUGAGAAAUUGUUUUACAGCAGUGUGAUCUAAAUAAAUAUACAUAUAUAUAUAUAUAUAUAUUUGCAAUAUCUGAAAGCAUAUAAUUGGUUUUAUAUAGUGAAAUAACUGGAAUGUUUGCCAGUGCAUGGGGAAGUGUUGCAAUAUAUAGAUGAUAUAUUUUAUUUAAUCAGUAUGUUCCAUUCUGUAAGGGACAGCGACAGAACGAUAGUGUCUUAUUUUAUUUGUGCCCUAGUCGUAGAGAAUGUGGCAAUAGCACAGUAUAAUGGGAACUGCGCUUGUAACCUAGAGGUUGCAGGUAUGAUUCCUAGGUAGAACACUACCGUUGCACCCUUGAGCAAAUCAAGUAUUGCAUCAAUAAAUAUCCAGCUGUAUAAAUGGAUACCUUGUAAAAAUGCAAAAAAAAAAAAAAAAAGUAUGUCUGCUGAAUGCUUGCAGUGUAGUGAGAACAAAAUGGAAUCUAGAGGAGGAGCGGUGAGACCACCACAGCCAUUUAUUUUAUCAAGAGUUUGGCCUACAGUGUUCAUAAACCAUAUGUUGUGCACAAAUAUAUACAGUAUUGACGGGAUCGAUGCAUUGCAAUUUUACAAGUUUUACAUUUUGUCAUAGUGCGUAACUGACAAACAGUAAGCACUGCAAAAAGUGUGACAAAUGGGUGCAGAAA